GCCAGCAGCAGCAGCAGCGGCGGCGGAAAGAGGCGGUGAGAGGCGGCUCGCUGACCUCACUGAGUUUCAGCGGUAUCUGUUCUCUCUGGCGAGAGCGGCUGGAAGGGAAGCAGGACAGCGGCAGGAGGCAGGAGCGCGGCGAGCUGUGUCGGCGGCAGAGAAUGGCGGUGAGGCGGCGGCAGAGGCUGGGGCCGGGCGGCGGGCGAGCGCUGCUGGGCGCGGUGCUGCUGUGCGUGUGGUGGCGGGCGGCGGCCGAGCGGGUCCGCUACACCAUCGCCGAGGAGCUGGGCAGAGGCUCGCUCGUGGGGCCACUGGCGCGGGACCUGGGGCUGAGCGCGGACGAGCUGCCGGCGCGCAAGCUGCAGGUGGCGUCUGCCGGCAAGAAGCAGCUGAACUACUUCACUGUGAAUGAGGAGAACGGGAACCUGUAUGUGAACGAGAGGCUAGACCGGGAGGAGAUGUGCGGCGCUUCGGCGACCUGCUCGAUCAGCUUCGAGGCUUUGGUGCACAACCCGCUGAACAUUUUCCGCGUCGAGGUGGCCAUCGAGGACGUGAAUGACAACUCCCCAGUCUUCAGCAACGCUGCUCUCGAACUUGAUAUAGGGGAAUGGACUCACCCCGGGGCUCGGUUUCCGUUGGAGAUGGCCCAAGACGCUGAUGUGGGAAAGAAUUCGCUGCUAAUUUAUCGACUCACCAGCAACCCAUCUUUCUCUCUGAUCACAAAGGAGAGCCCUGACGGAAGUAAUCAGCCGGAAUUAGUGCUGGAGAGUGCGUUGGACAGGGAGAAGCAGAGCUUUUUUGAGCUGGUUCUAACAGCGAUGGAUGGCGGGGAUCCAGUUAGAUCCGGAGCCAUCAAGAUUCGGGUCACUGUGACAGACGCCAAUGACAACCCACCAGUGUUCGGGCAGGACCAGUACCGUGCGAGAUUGCGCGAGGACGCUGCCACGGGAUCGAGAGUGUUAAACGUCUCCGCCUCCGACGCCGACACUGGCAACAAUGCUCGUAUCACUUACAGCUUCGGGAAAAUGUCUGCCAAGGUACUUCAGAAGUUCAUGAUGGACGCGGAGAGUGGAAUGAUUACGCUGAAAGAGGCUUUGGACUUCGAGGACACGAGAGGCUACACAUUAUUUGUGGAGGCGAGGGAUGGUGGCGGUCUUGUGGCGCAGUGCAAGGUGGUGGUGGAGGUAAUGGACGUGAAUGACAACGCGCCCGAGAUCACAAUUCUGACACUGUCGAGUCCCGUGUCCGAGGACGCCCCGGCUGGCACUGUGGUAGCUCUGCUAAAUGUGAACGAUCCAGACUCGGGUGAGAACGGUCAGGUGUCGUGCGAGCUGUCGGACGAGGCGCCGCUGUCGAUCGUGGCGUCGCCGGGCGGCUCGUACAAAGUGGUGACGGCGAACGGGCUGGACCGCGAGCAGGCGUCCGAGCACCGCGUGACGGUGGUGGCCCGGGACCGGGGCAGGCCGGCACUGUCGAGCAGCACGGAGCUGGUGCUGGAGGUGUCGGACGUGAACGACAACGCGCCGGUGUUCGAGGAGGCGGCGUACAGCGCGUACGUGGCAGAGAACAACGCGGCGGGCGCGCUGUUGCUGCGCGUGCAGGCGCGGGACGCGGACGCGGGCGCCAACGGGCGCGUGAGCUACUGGCUGGCGGGCGGCAGCGCGGGCGCGGCGGGCGCGGCGCCGCUGGUGUCGGUGGAGGCGCGGAGCGGCGCGCUGUACGCGCAGCGCUCCUUGGACUACGAGCAGUGCCGCGAGUUCUCGGUGGCGGUGCGGGCGCAGGACGGCGGCGCGCCGGCGCGCAGCUCCACGGCCACGGUGCGCGUCUUCGUGCUGGACCGCAACGACAACGCGCCGCGGGUGCUGUGGCCGGCGGCGGUGGCAGCGCCGGCAGAGGCUGCGGCAGUGGCGCCGUUCGAGGUGGUGCCGCGCUCGGCCGAGGCCGGCUACCUGGUGGCCAAGGUGGUGGCGGUGGACGCGGACGCGGGGCGCAACGCGUGGCUGUCGUACGAGCUGGUGCAGGCGUCGGAGCCGGCGCUGUUCCGCGUGGGGCUGCACAGCGGCGAGGUGCGCACGGCGCGCGCCGUGUCCGAGCGGGACGCGGCCAAGCAGCGGCUGGUGGCCGUGGUGAAGGACCACGGGCAGCCGGCGCUGUCGGCCACGGCCACGCUGCACGUGGUGCUGGCCGAGAGCUUGCAAGAGGCGCUGCCGGAGCUGAGCGAGCGGGCGGCGGGCGCCGAGGCAGCGGCGGCGGCGGCCGAGCUGCAGUUCUACCUGGUGCUGGCGCUGGCGCUGCUGUCGGCGCUGUUCGUGCUGAGUGUGGCGCUGGCCGUGCUGGCGCGGCUGCGCCGGGCCGGGCCGCCCGCCGUGCUGCGCUGCCUGGGUGCGCAGCGCUUCUCGGUGGCCGGCGCCGCCUUCCCGGCCGACUUUUGCGAGGGCACCUUGCCCUACUCCUACAACCUGUGCGUGGCGGCGCCGGCCCGCGCCGUGCCCGAGGCCGCUUGGCCGCCACCGCCAGUGCCCGUGCUGUCGGCGGAGGAGCUUCUGGGAGGCGAUUCCUGCGAGAAGCCGAACCCGAGUAGCAGUGCCGUGACGGGAGAGGUACCCGCCGACCCCGACGCUCCGCAGGUUUGUAAAGCCGAAAGUUCUUUUUACUCUUCUUCAACAUUGCCCCUGGAUUUCAUGGGGAAGUGUGAGUCGGAAAGGCUGGUCCAUGCCUCCAAGAAGGAAUUAAAGAACGAGCUGUUUUCUUUUUCUGAGUACUGUCAAUUAGCUAUAGCACUUGGUUCUGAAGUGGUCAUAGUUUUAGAUUCAUGUAAUAGGUUUUAG